AUGCAUGAUGAAAACUUAACAACUCCAAUAUGUCUAGAUGGGCAUGUUGUUUCAUGGUUACCCCACGACAGCCAAGCUACCCGCUCCAACACUCUGCUCUCCGUUGAGGGGAAAAUCUCGGCGUACGACUGCACGGAUCUGUUUAUUGUGCUAUCGUGUUCUUCAAGCUUCAAAGCUUCAAAUUUCAAAUCUCUCCCCCGAUGUAUCUCAGCGAACGCCACGCCCUUGAUGCUCUACCUCCGCAGGAUCAUCGACCUCCUCACCAACGUGAUCGCUGACCAAAUUGCGGCGCCCACCACCUUAUACACCAGCCAACUUAGUUUCUCAGCGUGGACGUUGGGCAUGUCAGGUCGAAGCAAGACCUGCGUGCCUACCAUUGCGCUCCUUUAUAGACGUUUGAGCCCCAUCACGCUUCUUCGGCACCUCGAGCACCGCGUUACCCGUGGCAAGGUCAGCGCGUUCGGGCUUCAGAUUUUCUCCACACCCGGCCAAUCCCCAACGCACAGCGCACGCGUCCUCAAAGUCCCUGGCGGAACACGCGACGGCACUGAACUACGAGGCACACCUAUACUGGACCCCUCCAUGCUCGCGCAUCUUGAGGGGCUAGAUCUACAACUUGAAGGCCAUGCAAAGGGCAGCCUUGAUGAGCUCAUUCGAUGUGGACGUGCUAUCGGCGCUGCGGCUGAACUGGCAACGCUAAGGAAUCCAGAGGAGAAGGCGUGCCUUCGUGUUGUUUACAGCAAUAAAUAG